AUGGCAUCCAAGGGCAUGUGGGAGGUCGAUCCCGAGACUCGGUCCAAGCUGGCCACCCUCCAGAAGGAAUCAAAGAAUAAUGUCUGCUGCGAUUGCAAUGCGCCCUCUCCCCAGUGGGCGUCUCCCAAGUUUGGCAUCUUCAUCUGCCUCUCGUGCGCUGGUGUGCAUCGAGGCCUUGGAGUCCACAUUUCUUUCGUCAGGAGUAUUUCAAUGGACGCCUUCAAGUCGAGCGAAAUCGAACGAAUGCGACUGGGCGGCAACGAGGGAUGGAGGAACUUCUUCGAAGAGCAUGAGCAAACUAAGAUGAUGGGCAUCACAUGGGAAGACUCGACUAUUGCAGAGCGAUACAGUGGUGAAGUCGGUGAGGAGUGGAAGGAGAGACUGAGCUGCAAGGUCGAGGGCCGCGAAUACGUCCCUGGUGCGAAGAAGCCUGUGUCUGCGCCCACGAAACCCGCGUCACGAACAGGAACUCCCAUGAGUGGUAGCUCGCGCCGCAAUGAGAGUCCUGCAGCGGGGUCAGGAGGCGGAGGCGGAGGCGGAGGCAAGGUCAAGGUGGACGACCAGUAUUUCUCAAGACUUGGAGCCGAUAACGCUGCACGACCGGAUCAUCUGCCACCCAGCCAGGGAGGAAAAUAUGCUGGAUUUGGAAGUACUCCUGCGCCCAAUUCUUCGGACAACGACCUCAACUUUGGUGAUAUACAGAAGGACGCUGUCGCGACUCUGACUAGGGGAUUCGGCUGGUUCACGUCAACAGUCUCAAAGACCGCCAAGACUGUUAAUGAUGGCUACAUUCAGCCCACUGCUAAGCAGUUUGCUGAAGGCGACUUUGCUAAGCAAGCUCAACUGACCGCUUCCGCUUUCGCAAAGCAGGCCCAAGCAGCGGGCAAGAAUGCACAGGAGGGUUUCACCAGAUUUGUGGAAGGUCCUGAGAACCAGAAAGGUCGAGAAGCCCCCCUAGAUGAGAGCAAGAAGAGCUUUUGGGAUGAGUUCUCAAACCUGGCUGAUCAAAGACAACCCGCCAACAACUCAAUCGGCACAAGUGCUAUGGGAAUGGGCAAGAAGAGCACGGCGGCUCCUCCACCAAAGAAGCAGGAUGAUGCAUGGGACGAUUGGUGA